AUGAAAUAAUAAAAUCCAUUUGCUGCCAAAUGUAUAAGCCAAUUAAAAUUAAGCACAUAAUUGAUUAUUAUUGUUUCAAUUCAAGUUCUAAUUAUUGUGUCAUAUGUUUUGGCUCUUAAUUUAAUUCAUCAUUCUCUACUCAUAAAUUAUUUAUCAGAAGUGUCAAAUCAUAUAUUUGAAGAAAAUUCAAAUCACAUUUUGUCUAAUAUGAUGGAAGAAUACCAAUAGCAUUUUAACCAAGUAUUUAAUUUAAGUAAAUAUUAUAUAUCUCAGAUUAGAUGGCAAUGCUUUAGUUUCGUUUCAUAGAUUGUAUCAUAGUUCUAAAAAUUAAGUGCUUUUACAUCCUCUCGAAAUAAAUCCACUCUAUCAAAUGCAAUAUGGAGGAACAACCAAAAUUCCAGACCCUCUAAGAAUUAUUAAAGGAUAUGGCAAUUAUGAUAUUUCUUAUUCUUUCAUGUGUUAUUCUAAUCUAUCAUCAUUUAAUCAACCUAAGACAAUAGAAGAAAUAGUUGGGGUCAAAUUACAAGAAUAAAUUCAAGCUGCGGCAUAGAUUUUUUAUUAGGGAAAUUUAAUAAAUCAGUCAUUUUUGUACUCUUACAUAAUUAAAGAAAAAAUUAAUUCCAUUUACCCUUGUCUUAAUAGAGAAAAAGCAAUAUAUACCUAUAUUGCUGAAAAAAGAGAUUGGUAUAUUGAAUUAAAGAGUAAUUAUGAAAAUAAAUCACCGUAUAAUAAAUAUAAUUACACAUUUACUAAGCCAUAUUUAUGUAUGAAUUUCAAAAUAAAUUUUAAUAGUAUAUACUGAUAAAAAAAUUGGUCUUUCUAUGGCACUUCCUAUAGUUGACAAAGAUUUAAACUUUAUAGGAGGAGUUGCCUCCAAUUUUUUGGGUGCUUAAGUACUAGAUAUGUUAAAAGUUAACUCUUUUGGAUUUCAAAUAAUUUAUCUAGUAUCAGAGAAAGGUAUAAUGAUAAUGCAUCCUUAUCAAGUAACAGUAGAAUAAUUACCUCUUUAUAUUUACAAUGAAAGUAUCACUGGAUUCAAUUUAACUGAUUGGGAAUAUAUUUUAGAUAAAAAUCAAGACUCCUCAUGUCCUAAAUUUGAUAAAUUUUCAUCACUUCUUAAAUGCAGAUACAAUUCUUAUUACAAUUAAGAAAUGAUUAUUGGCACACGAGAGAUUCCAGAGUUUAAGAUGAAACUUGUAAUGUAACUUUUAAAUUUGAUUAUAUAAUAGGUUGCUUAGUAGUUCAGAAUAUUUAAAAUUUUAUGAUGAUUUCUAAAUAACUUUAGAAUAAAACUUGCAUUAAACCACAAACAAUUAUAUAAUUUGGUUAUUUUCUUUAUUUGUUUUUCUUUGCUUUAUUAUUGUAUUAGCUACAUAAAUAUUGUUUCAUCCUAUUGAAUUGAUUAAAUAAUAAGCUAUUAAUUUAAUUAUUGAGCAAAGAAAAAACUAUUAGUAAAUAUCAUAAUUUACAGAAGUCUUGAUGAGUGAUUAGAUACUGUAUCUAGUUUAAGCUUAUAAGAUUGUACUGAAUAAAUUGGAAUCAUUAUCCUUAACUAAAACCAGCUAAUGCAAAUAGUUAGAGGAUAUAUAAUAUCCAACUAAACAACUUUCUAUAAUAUAAUUGGAUUUAAAGUAAAAUAUUUAAGAAGCCAAAGAAAUUUAAGCUUUAAGAUUUGAAUCAUUAAAAGAUUUUAGUUAAGAUUAACAAUUUGAAAAGGCUGCAGUUUAGAUUGUUAGAAGUGUUCUCAAACAACAAAAUACUAAAUUCCUUUUAUAUUGA